GCGAGAAGAUGGCGAAGACGUACGAUUAUCUGUUCAAGCUGCUGCUGAUCGGCGAUUCGGGGGUGGGCAAGACCUGCCUCCUGUUCCGCUUCUCCGAGGACGCCUUCAACACCACCUUCAUCUCCACCAUCGGAAUUGAUUUUAAAAUCAGAACGAUAGAACUAGAUGGGAAGAAAAUUAAGCUUCAGAUAUGGGACACAGCGGGCCAGGAAAGAUUCCGAACAAUUACAACGGCGUACUACAGAGGAGCCAUGGGAAUUAUGCUGGUUUACGACAUCACAAACGAAAAGUCCUUUGACAAUAUUAAAAAUUGGAUAAGAAACAUUGAAGAGCAUGCCUCUUCAGAUGUUGAAAGAAUGAUCCUGGGUAACAAAUGUGAUAUGAAUGACAAAAGACAAGUAUCGAAAGAAAGAGGCGAGAAGUUAGCAAUUGACUAUGGGAUUAAGUUCUUGGAGACAAGUGCAAAAUCCAGUACAAACGUAGAAGAGGCAUUUUUUACACUUGCACGAGAUAUAAUGACAAAACUUAACAGAAAAAUGAAUGACAGCAAUUUGUCGGGGGCAGGUGGACCAGUGAAAAUAACAGAAAACCGAUCGAAGAAGACCAGUUUCUUCCGCUGUUCGCUCCUUUGAUGAGCUCUUUCUGAUAGACUGCAGCACACCCAGAGGAACCUUUCCUGCUUCUCUGAAAGCACAGGCCGCCCAGCCUCAGAAUCUCACCGCCCAGCUGCUGCUGAGAGCACCUCUGAACCUAGACCUCUCGACACAAAAGGCCAAGUGGACUCGGCCUCCGGGCCUAGCAAAAUAACAAGCUCCUUUUUUCAAACACGGAAGCCAUAAAGUGGAGACACAUGCAGGACUUACCUUGGUUUUUCCUUGUUUUGUUGCCUGUUGCAGAAGCUGCUGUCUUUCUUUUCACUUUGCACAUCAGUGUCAGCCCGUCCUGGUUACAGCACAAUCUCAGACUCGCCUGCGCAGUUUUGUCUCCCGAAAGUCUAGACAGAUCUGUGCAUUUUGGGACUGUUUAUACAAAAAGUAGAACAUGUAAAGCAGAGGUUAAUAUACUAAGAUUCAAGAACGUUUGGUCCAGUUCUUAUGACCAAAUGUUAUUGCAUUGGUAGCGUUUAUUUCAGGACUCUGGUUUGUGAUUUUCUUAAAUAAGAAUCAUUAUGAUGUGGUAAAGUUUAUUUUAAAAAUUCAUAGAAAUGCCCGCCUAUUCACCAGAGGCCACAAUUUCUUUAUUUCUUCAUAUUAUUUACAGCUUUGCUUCAUUCCAGACCUCUUUGCCACAGAGUGUCCGGUUAGCUGAAAGAAUCAUUUUUGAAGGUGAUCACCUCCGCCUAAUCUGUAGAAACUGCAUUUGGAAGUCUUUCAUCUCACCUUUUCUGGGAUUUUUACUUACUGUUCCCUCCCUUGUUUGACCUGUUGUAAUUACUCAGUUAUCGAAAACAUAGCAUAUUUGAACAUUGGUGUCUGUUUUUAAUUGUGAACUUCUUGAGGUGGAAUUUGACAGAGGCAGAGAGAUGUGCCGUUUAGGGUUGUAUUUCAGCAUCUGUUUGUGGUUCUGUCAUACCAAGAUGCUCUAUUUUUUUUCUUAGGUUGACCCCUUAGCUUGCUGAUUUAGUUAUAUCACCUAAUUCCUGCCAUAAUCCCUGUCUGAAGAGUUAACAAAAGUUAGAUUUAGAUUUGAGUGUGCAGAAAGCUUACCUAUAGGGAGAGCGAUUAACUUGUUGACAUACAUUUAAUACAGAUAGCUCUUGGUGAUGGUGAUAAUAAUUUUUGGUUUUCUUUUUCUUUUUUUUGGGAGGGUGUUAUUUUUAAAGAAUGAAAGUAAUUGACUUAGUGCAACCUCUAGGAAAAGUCUUGCCUUUUCAUUAGAAAAAAGAUUAGCAAGAUUUCCGUUUUAAAACAGUUGUUUACUGUGUAGAACCCAGCUCCGUCUGUUCAGGCUUACUGUUACAGAGCUUGGUCCAGUUGUUUAGGCCAAAGCCAACCAAAAGCUUAGCUGCCUUUCUCACUGAACAGUGGUACUGGUGUCCGUUCUGUAGAUGAAACUAUCACAUAAGAAAAAAAGGUAUUUAGUGUUAAUUUAUGUGCCAAAGUUCAGAUCAUUAUGUCCUUGCUGUUACUGUAGGCUUCAGUGUCAUAACAGAAGGGGAUGAUAAAGAGGUGAUUAGGGAAAUGAAUCCUAUGAAUAAUUGUUUUUCCUGGUAUGCCUAUUUUGCUUCACAAAGGAUACCAUCAUGCUUGGUAGUUAAGAAUGGGGAAUGGACAUGAAAAUGGAUCGCUUGUUGCCACAGAGAACUCUACUGCAAAUUAAGAUGUGUAGUUGGAAUGCUUGGACCAAUCCACCUUCCCCGUUUGUUUGAAAGCUUACACACAAUUUAGCGGCAGCAAGCGUACUAGGUCUGCUUUUGAUGGAUACAAUAUACUAAACUUACUGUGGACAAAUUUCAGUCUCCGUGAAUUUUUUUUGUAGUUAACUAGCUUGGCUGUUUAAAAAAGAGUAGAACAUUGAAAGCUGAAGUUAAUACGCUGAAAUUAAGGAACAUUUGGUCUCUUGCUGUCCCGGUAUAAUCAGUAGAUCCCCGAUUGAAAGUGGAUUUUAAGUCUGCCGUCUUCGAAUUAGAUACAUUUUUGGGAAGGAAAAAGAAUUUCUUAGAAACAUCCUGUAUUUACUAAUUUUCUGAAAAAUAUCCAAGCACUUAAGCUAUCUGGACGGUAAUCAAGUACUUUGUAAGAGGCAAGUGUCAUGGCACCACGAAUGAAUGUACUUCUUUUAGUAAUUUACCUCUGACUAUUUGGUGUCUUAACACUUUGGUUUAUAUCUCAGGGCUUGUCUGCAAACCAAAACUGACAUUCUGUCGUAUGGUUAACUUUUUUUUUUUUUUUUUUUAACAGAAUGCUUUGCUUUUGUUGCAUUUCUUCUCUCUUCUCUUGUCUUAUAUGGGUUAAUAACUAGUCUCCAUGAACUUCCCUUUGAAAAAGCCUGUAAAAGUUAGAUGGGUCUAAAAGUGCUCUUUGAAGUAGUAGCAAAUUGGGGUGUAUAUGUUCUGUUAUAUAGAAAUAAGAUGUCCUUGCUAUUUUCUUACAUUUAGCUUUGCUAAAUUGUAUAUAAUUUGAGCUAAGACCAUAGGAAAUUUCACUUUCUGCAUGGUAAAAUGACCCAAUAAAUAUUCCACUUUGCUUAAUAAUGUACAUACAGUGCAUUAUUUUUUCUAUUUGUAGAUGAAUUUAGUGACAGAUAACUGUCUGUUCCCUGCUGAAACGGAAGACUUCUAGUUUUGUGUGAACACUUUUGUGGUCUUAUGGAUCAGGUACGUGAAGAUUUUUGCAGCAGUGUUUGUGGUCGGUGGCUGCACUUUAUUAUCAGCGUGCUAACUUUUGACAGUGAUUGGACUGGCCCUUUUCAAAUAGAGUCUGGGAGUAUCAGGCAAUGAAACUGUGCUGUAGCUCAGUAGCAUGUAAACCAGUUGAUUGUAAAAUGUUUCACUGGGACUUAUUUUAGCUCUAUUUUACUUCGGACAGGUUAUGAGAAAAUAAUCCACCUGUGGGUCAGUUAGUGCUGCUGCAGGGUUUCUUACUAUUUACAGCAACAUUUUGUGCAUCUUUGUUGUAAAUUUUCAGAAGACUGUAUACUCUUUACUUUGAAGGACUAUUUUUUAAUUAUACCUCAUUUAGCUAACUAGUAUUCUAACAUCUGGUAGAAAAACAGCGAGCCAGCCUACACGUAAGCAUUCUACGAAAUCUAGGUUUUAUGUUUUGUUUUGAACUAAAGACAUCAUUGGGAAAGGUAGGAGGAAUUUUAGUUUAGAAUAGAACAUACAUGUCAUAUCUAAUAGCUCAAAAACGUAUUCUCUCCCUGUCCCCAUUAAUAAAUUUAGCUGUGCAAUGUAGAUACAUUUUUGCAGAAGUUUCUAUGUCAAAGAUUGUAACUCCGUUUUACAGGUUCUGAAUGCUGAGAAUCUGUAUUAAGGCUUAUACGGUUUUUCCUGUGAUGAGUAAGUAAUACAUUUGAGCAGAGAUUUUUUUCUAAUUCAUGACUUGGAUUCCUUAAUAAAUUUAGUUUUUAAUCUUUAUAGGUGAACUUCUAAGCUUAAAUUUUUAAAACCACAUUGCAUUAUGUUGGCUUACUUAGCUCAGAGUUUAAGCACUCAUUUAUGUAAUCAGAAUUUUUAGAAAAAAAAUUUUUAACAGAAAAGAGGUUCCUUUUUCCUCUUCUUAUAUCCAAAGUGGGGCGGGGGAGAGGGGUGAGGGUGGGGACAAAAACAAAAGGAAUAUCUUGAAAUGAAACCCCUUGACCUAGAGGAUAGUUUAAUAAAAUCUCCAAAUUCUAGCACAGUUUUGCAAUAGAAUCUGUCUUUGUUUUAAGACUAAUACAAUGAAUGACUGUCCCAUGUUCAUUAUGAAAAAAAAAUUAAAUGACUGAAAUGAAAAUUA